UUAAGAUGAACUGUUCUGGGCCUGUCUCUUUCAUUACUGUAGCUCACUGAAGCCGGGGGAAAUCUUUUAAAUUUUUACCCCAAACAGCAUUUGAGCCUGAAAACAAAAAUGAUCAGUCGGAACACCAAAAAUGUCCUUGUUGUGUCCUUUGGAUUUCUGUCCCUCUUCACCGCCUAUGGAGGACUGCAAAGUUUACAGAGCAGUCUGAAUGCGGAGGAGGGCAUGGGAGUGAUAUCACUGAGUGUGGUCUACGCCUCCAUCAUCGUGUCCUCCAUGUUCCUACCUCACAUCCUCAUCAAAAACCUGGGCUGUAAAUGGACGAUCGUAUGCUCCAUGUGUUGCUAUAUCACCUACUCUAUCGGGAACUUCUACCCUGGCUGGGCCACUCUCAUCCCCACCUCGGCCAUCCUCGGUCUGGGAGGCUCUCCUUUGUGGUCAGCCAAGUGCACAUAUCUGACCAUCAGUGGCAACCGGCAAGCUGCGCAAGAGAAAACGAAGAAUGAGGAUGUCAUCAACAUGUACUUUGGCAUCUUCUUCUUCAUAUUUCAGUCUUCUGCUGUGUGGGGUAACCUCAUGUCCUCCCUAAUCUUUGGCCAAGGCACAUCCCAAGGCGAUAUUCCAGAGGAGAACCUCAAAUACUGUGGUGCAGCACUAUGUGAGGAAGACUUUAUCCAGGGAGGAAAUGCAACGCGACCUCCACAACACCUCGUCAACACACUGCUUGGAUGCUACAUUGGUGUAGGGGUGUUGGCUGUGAUUCUGGUGGCAGUGUUCCUGGACAACAUCGACAGGGACAAUGCAAGGGAAUUCAGGGGCAACAGGACACCAUUUUGCGGGACCUUCUUGGCCACAUUCAAGCUUCUGAAAGACAAGAGGCUGAUCAUGCUUAUACCCUUGACUAUGUACAGUGGCUUUGAGCAAAGCUUCCUGUCUGGUGAAUACACUAAGAACUAUGUAACCUGUGCGCUGGGAAUACAUUUUGUUGGAUAUGCGAUGAUUUGCUUUGGUGCUACAAAUUCACUGAGUUCUUUUAUGUUUGGGAGGCUAGCAAAAUAUACAGGAAGAAUUCCACUGUUUUGCUUGGCUGCUACCAUAAAUCUGGGCUGCAUUAUCGCUCUUCUGCUCUGGAGGCCACAUCCAGAUCAGCUUCCUGUGUUCUUCGUGUUUCCUGCUCUGUGGGGUGUGGCGGAUGCCGUAUGGCAAACCCAAACCAAUGCACUCUAUGGAGUUCUGUUCCCUGAUCACAAGGAGGCUGCGUUUGCCAACUAUCGCAUGUGGGAGUCGCUGGGCUUUGUCAUAGCUUUCGCAUACAGCACCUUCAUCUGCCUCUCUAUCAAGCUCUACAUUCUCCUGGCCGUGCUCAUACUCACCAUGAUCACCUACCUUAUGGUGGAGUACCACCACCAUAGGAAUCCAAUGUCGUCGAAUAACUUCAACUUAGACACCCAGUCUGAAUCUGGAGCCACUGAGAAAGAGAAGGACGGUUACAAAGAAGCUUACAUUGUGAAACAGACUGAGAUGUAAACAUGCAGAAGGUGAUAGUAUGAGGUCUAUUGCUUUUUAAAAAAAAAAAAAAAAAUUCAGCCAAGAAACUAAAGCACAAUGAAUAUGGCCUUCUCAAUCAGAAACACACUUGCAUUGGGCAUUGACGUUGAUUUAAAAAUAUUUUGUUUAUCUUAAAAUUAUGUCUUCUGUAUUUGCAUAUCAUGUUACAUCUCGUGACAUUUGAGAAUAUUUGGAACCCUAAACCCUUUCUGUGUAUCAAGAGACUGUGGUCUUGAUUUACUAAAGUGUGUGCUCAUUUUAUUAAAUCAUUCUCUCAUUUUAUUAGAUUUUGUGCUCAAUUUAGUAAAUAGUGUACUCGUUUUACUAAAAAGUCCACUCAUUUUACUAAAUUGUGUGUUCAUUUAAAUUCCUGGUAAAUGAGCAUGUAAUUCAGUAACAAUGCACGCACUAUUUACUAAAAUGAGUGCACUAUUGACUAAAACAAGCACACAAUUUGGUGAAACAAGUGCACUAUCUAGUAAAACGAUUACACAAUAUAUAAGAUCGUGCACACAAUAAAAGAAAAGCACAAUUUAGUAAAAUGAGCACAUGAUUUAGCAAAACGAGCGUACAUUCUCUUAAUCUUGAAAUAUCUUGCAAUAUCACUUCCCGGGGCUCCAUAAAAGUGAUAUAGCACAGAAAUGUACAUUUAAAAAAAUGUCUUUACAUAUCAUCCUUCCAUGUUUUAUUUUUCUGAGAACUCCUUUAAAUGCACUGUAUGCCUUUAUAAAAUGGGUUAUGUUUAUACAAACAUAUGCACUUUAUUAACAUUCAUCCAAACACAACUGCUUUUAUGCAAUUGUUUUCUAGAAAUAAGUAAAGCUUGCUUAGAGCUGUAGGCCCUUCUUGAUGUAGGUGGUCAUGGUCUGUAAACUGUAAAGCAGUGGUUCUUAACUGGUCUGGCUUUGGGACCCAACAUUUCCUAUGUUCAUAAAGUUGCAACCAAUAUAUUUAUUUAGCGUUCAGUCCAAUGGAUAUGGUGAGCUACAUGGUACUGUAACAUACAAAGUGCCUGUAGACCUACUUGUCUGAAACAUGCAGAUGUUUGGCAUUACAUUUGCGUUUACCACUAAAAUGAUGUCUAACAUGACUAGUUACAUAAACAUUGUUUAUGUCCAUGGCAAUGACUGACAUUGGCUACGAAUAAAGCCUGUUAAAAUAAAGAUACAAUAUUAGAUCUGAUAAGGUAGCAUUUUGAAUAAAUGCUCCACGACCCAUUUUGGGGUCCCGGCCCACCAGUUAAGAAACACUGCUGUAAAGUGAUUACUUUUUCUACUUGUACAUGUCACUUGCACACAACUAAUUACUGAGGUUCAAAUGGAAUCAUUUUGUUUCGAACCAUGUGUAAAUAAAAGGUUAUUUGUGAUAAUUAACAUGUGAAAGUGAAUACUUUAUUUUAAUUGGAAUAAUGUUAUAGGAAGGCUACAGGGCAAAUAACAUUUUUAAAAUAGUUUUUUUUUUAUAAGACUGGUAAUUUUUUUGAACGUACUGUAUGUACCACUACUAUAGCCAGUUCCAU